UUUGACAACUCAUUUGUAAAAUAAGUUAACCUCGUGUUGGUUUGGUUUAUGUUGGUUAAAUUAUUUACGAAAAUGAUUUUUCAAUGAAAACUCUUUAAAAUCAAUAGAAAAACAGAAGAAAAUGGCUAGUACAAAAUUGAAAAGUUUUAUCGAUAAGUUCGACAGUUUUACGCAAAAACCUGUGAAUUACCUCGUUGUACAAGAUGGUAUAAAGGACGAUUUAAAAACCUUUGUGAAAAACCUAUACGAUUACACAAAAUCGGAGGAAAGCGGAAGCAAAAAGAAGAAAGUGAGUGUCUUAAAAAAACUUAUAGUAGAUGGGUUUGAUGAGGAGCAGAUAUGGCAGCAACUGGAACUCCAAAACUCGGAAUCUUGGGACAAGCUAGUAUGGGAAGUAGCCAACUGCAUGUCGUCUAAAAGUGAUCUAUUAUUUCCAGUUGAAGUAAAAACUACUGAAUCAGAAAAGGAUGACAAUGAUCACUCAGCGGAUGAGAGUGAUAAUGAUGAUUCCGGCCAAGAAUUUGUUGAGUCUGUUGAUAAAAUUGAGAAGCAAAAGAAAGCGACUAAAAAGACUAAAGGUUCUAUUGUUGAUGACAAGUUUUUCAAGCUGAAGGACAUGGAGAAGUUUUUGAUAAAUGAGGAGAAGAAAGAAAGUGGCAAGAAAGUUAUUGAGGCAGACAGUGAUGAGGAAUCUAUUGAUUUGUUUGAAGAUAAUGAUAAGGAAUCUGAUGAUGAAGAAGGAGGUAACAAUAUGAUGUAUACAGACUUUUUUGAUAAACUAGAUGGUGGUCCUGAUGAAGUGGUGGAUGGCGAUCAAGUGGUGGAUGGCGAUGAAGUAGUAGAUGGUGAUGAAGUUUAUGAACAUGGCAGUGAAAGAGAUGAUGAUCAAAUUGAGUCUGAAGAGGAGUCAGAAUCUGGACCAGUAAAAUCAAAGCCUGAAAAGAAAAAAGUUAAAUUUGCUGGUUUAUCAUCCGAUGAUGAUGAUAGUGAGGAUUCUGCAGAAGAAACUGACAAUUUGAAUAAGAAACCAGAAACUGACGAAAAGAAAUCUGAAUUUGAGCAGCGUCAGCAACGUCUCCAGCAAACAAUAGCUAGGUUAGAGGAGAAAUCACUAAAAGAAGCUCCGUGGCAGCUUAAAGGGGAAGUCAAUGCCGCAAAAAGACCUCAAAAUUCAUUACUAGAAGAAGUUGUUGAUUUUGAUUUGACGAGUAGACCUCCUCCAUUGAUUACGGAACAGACCACUUUGACUCUAGAAGAUAUUAUUAAACAGAGGAUCAAAGACAAAGCUUGGGAUGACGUCGAGAAAAAAGUAAAGCCAGUUGACGACCAACUGUCCUUCCGUAAGACAGAAAUCAUUGAUCAAUCAAAGAGCAAACUAAGUUUAGCUCAAGUGUAUGAAGCAGAAUAUCUAAAACAAAAACAGGCGAUGUCCGGAGAAGUUGAAGAGGAAAAAGAACCGGAGAUUCACACAGAAAUACGAGAUUCAAUGAGCGAGCUGUUUGCUAAACUUGAUGCUUUGUGUAACUAUCAUUAUACACCCAAAGCACCACAAGCUGAAGUUAAGAUUGUUAGUAACACACCCGCUAUUUCAAUGGAGGAAGUUGCUCCGGUAGCAACAAGCGAUGCAGCGUUGUUAGCUCCUGAAGAAGUCAAAAAGAAGCAGAAAGGUGACUUGAUAAGUAAAGAAGAGAGAACACAAACGGACAAGAAUAGAGAAAGGAGGAAAAAGAAGAAAUUGCAAAGACUCAAAGGAAAGGUUAUGAAGGUAACGGAACAUAGGAAUACUAAGAAAGGUGUUGAGAGUAACGAUAAAUCGUUGAAGACAUCUAAAGCGUUCUUCCAACAACUGAACGAUGAAGCUGGUAGUUUAGUUAAGUCUAAGAAAACUAAGAAUAAGGGAUAAUAAAUGUUUUGCAAAAUAUGA